AUGGCCACAGUAACAUGCAAAAUUCUCUUUCAAAGAAAGUACGAAAAAUUACUUAUUGUACCUAUUGUGAGCCCUUUUAAUGACUACGUGGGUGGCUCUAAAAAGAGCCUUUGUUUUCCGGGAAUUCAUAUCAUUGUAGAGCAACUCAGCUCUUCACUUGCCCUUGGCCUUGUGGUGGCUCUCAGUCUUCUUGGGCAGCAGCACGGCCUGGAUGUUGGGCAGCACGCCGCCCUGCGCGAUCGUCACCUUGCCCAGCAGCUUGUUGAGCUCCUCGUCGUUGCGGAUGGCCAGCUGCAGGCUAUGGGCAUCAUGAACUCGUUCGUGAACGACAUCUUCGAGCGCAUCGCGGGCGAGGCGUCGCGCCUGGCGCACUACAACAAGCGCUCGACCAUCACGUCUCGGGAGAUCCAGACGGCCGUGCGGCUGCUGCUGCCCGGGGAGCUGGCCAAGCACGCCGUGUCCGAGGGCACCAAGGCCGUCACCAAGUACACCAGCUCCAAUUGGAUAUCGUUUGGCCAGAAAUGUAAGGAGAUGGAAGGGAGGCUACGGUAAGAUGGGAGCUCUAGGCUUGUAAGUAUCAUCCAUUAAUGGUCUCUCCUUCUGGUAUCAGCGAUUUGUUCAAGUUCUUUGGUUUUCUUCCCAUAUCUUAGAAUCAUCCUCAUUACCCCCUCUUCAGUAUUCUGUGCCCCAACUGGCUCAGGGUGCCUUCUGUCUUCUAGACCCUAACAUUCUGACUUUUCUCUGUGUUUCCUGGCUUAUAUGUGGUUCUUACUGCUGUCUGCUACCUCGAAAUACUGCAAGUCAGUUUUUAAUUUGUGGUCUGCCAGUAAGUGUGUCAUGUUUAUUAAAUUAUCGUUUAAAAAAUGAUCUCUAGGAAUUUCUGUUUUCCUGAGUAGAUAUUGACUGAUAGAACUAAUUGCCCUUGGUUUGUAGGUAAUGAUGAUACUUUACAUAUUGAUAACAUUUGAUUUUUUUUUAUUCACACUAAGGACUUUGAUAUUUUUCCUUGGUCUCAAAGAACUAAGUCUCUAAAGCAUUUGUCACUGUCAGUUUUGCCAGUAGGUAAAGCAAUUACUUGAAGAAUCUUGAGAAGUGAGGUGUUUAGUAGGAAACAGGCCCCUGUGGCAGUGUUUUACCCAAGUAGGUGAUUUUGGUUGACUCAAGAUAUUUAAAGAUGGGCUUGGGAAUUUUGCUCAGUGGUAGAGUGCUUGACUAGAAUGUUUUAGACCCUGAGUUCAAUCUCUUAUCCCUUAAAAUACUACUACUAUGACUGCUACCACCUCUACUACUAUGACUACUAGACUAUGGCAACCAGGAAUACUGUAUGCCUUGUUCUGGAACUACAUGCCAGGCGGCCAGUUAUUUAGGUAGGAUGGAAGAAAUAAAGACAGGUAGAAAAGAAAGAAGGAAAAUCAUAAUUAAAAAGUGUACUUUUUAAAAGUUUACAACUCCUGGGACCCAUCAAAGUAAUCAAAGAAUGUCUAUGUGGGUCAGUUUAGGCUCCUCUCUUUCAAAAUGCAUCACACUGAAAGUUCCUCAAGGAUAAUGCAAGUUUUUAAAUUUGUUUACCUGAGCAAGUAAAGAGCAGGAACCUGAUCCAAACAUAAAGGAACAGGUUGAAACAUUUCAAACAUUACUUAAAUUAUCCACCUUAAAAGUAAAAAAAACAAACAAAAUGAACUGGACUCGUAUCUGUAAGUUGGCCAGUAAGCUUUGGAGUUUUCUUUACCUUGGGUUUUCCUCCCGUCAAGAGAAGCAUAAAUGCUUCCAGUUCCUGGAAGUGACCUGCUUUAUUCUUCUGAACACCAGCACUAUACUCUUGAGUGUGAACUUUUAAAAUUCUGCCUAAUGAAUCCUUUCUAUGCCUCUUUCUGUUCAGUACUGACACUUCUUUUCCCACAAUAGGAGGCAGUGAAUCUGUAACCUAUUCUGUGGGGAGGGUGGGUUUAGGAUCCUUAUCUCUGCUUUGGGAAACUCCUGGGAUCUUUUCUAGUGACAAUAUCCAAAGGACUGAAUAGUGUGUAGCCUUAAAAUGUCCUUGUACUCUGUGGGAUCAAUUUAGGUAUGAGAUCUAACAAAUUAUUAUAUUUGUGUUAAAAUCAUCGUUUCUUUACAUGACUGUAAAGCAUAGUCUUUUGACAUUACCCCCUUUUGUCUCUCUGGCCUGCUAAUGAGUAACUAUUAGCCUAACAAAGACAUUUAUGGAGUACAUGAGACAAAUUUUCCCAACAAUCCUACAUUGUAACAUCAUGAAUGAAAGCUUUUUGAAGUGAUAUGCAUAUCACUCCUUAGUAAUAAUAGUGCUGUGAAUGCAUACAAGAAGUCAUAUUCCAGGAAAUCAGACUUUCUGCUCUGUAAGACAAAAAUGAACAUCUUAGAAUGUAGCAAAAAACACAGUGAAACAAAGCAAAACAAAAAGUAAAUUGCUGCUUUACAAUCAAGGCAUUUCCAAAUUUAUCUGAGGCUUUGAUUUUGGAAUUUUCAUGUAUCUAUGAUUAUAAUAUGU